CCGCUGCGCCGCCUCUCCGGCGUCCUGCCUUAAACUGCCGCGCAAGGGAGGGCCGGGCGGAAGCAUGUCCAACCCCGAGGAGAGGCUCUCAUCCCGCCCCCCGGCCCCCCUGGCUGCGGCGCCCGGGGAAAAGCCCGGCUCCGGCCGCCGCCCGCCCCACUCUCAUGGCCGGGGCGGCGGAGGCGGAGGUGGAGGCAGCGGCGGGUCUCCUCCCCCCCCCGCGCCCGGAGGCAGCUCGGUUGCCCGCAGCUCCCUCGCUCCGCUCCUGACAGCCGCCGCCGGCAGCAGCAGCAGUAGCAGCAGCGGGAGCCGCGCUGCAGGGACUGCCCCCGCCGCCUCCGCCCGCAUCGGCCCCGCAGCGGCGGCGGCUCCUCUCCGCGCUCCAAUCCCCUCCUUCUCCUCCGCUUCUCCAUCUUCAUUUUACUUCUUGCCGCCGCCUCCUCGUUUCCCCUCCUCGUCUUCCUUUAACCUCACGAGUCUCCAAGGGAGGGAAGGAGGAGGAGGAAGAGAUGCUGGCGGAGCGGCGGCGGCUCACUUGAUCGCCCAUCCAGGCGGCGGCGGCGGCAGGAGGAGACUCUUCUCUUCUCCCUCCAUCCAGGGCUCGCUGUUCCGCUCCGCGGCCGCCGGCCCCCGGCAGCACCACCCGCGGCUCCUCCUCCCCGCGGCCGCCUCUCGCCCGUGGUCCUGCGCUUUCCUCGGCGCUGCAGCGGCGGCCGCCCGCGGCGACGGGAUCCGAGGAGGCGACGGCCCCGGCGGGAGCGGGACUGCGCGGCGGCUGCGAGGCGCCUUCUUCUCCUUCUCGUCUCCCCUGCUCCCGGGGCCAGACAUGGAAGAUGGAUCUAAUUCUGCCAGCUGCUUCAGGAGGUUUACGGACUGUUUCCUGAACACAAGGAGAAGGGGCUCAUGGAUGCAGCAGACCACCAGGAGUUAUGUGGAAGGUUUAACAGAUGAAAAAGUGAAAGCCUAUCUUUCCCUUCAUCCCCAGGUACUGGAUGAGUUUGUGUCAGAGAGUGUAAGUGCGGAAACUGUUGAAAAAUGGCUAAAAAGAAAAAACAACAGACAGGAAGAUGAAUCGACUCCUAAAGAAGUCAGCAGGUAUCAGGAUACGAAUAUGCAAGGUGUAGUGUAUGAAUUGAACAGCUACAUAGAGCAGCGCCUGGAUACAGGAGGAGAUAACCAACUACUUUUGUAUGAACUGAGCAGCAUCAUUAAAAUCGCUACGAAAGCUGAUGGAUUUGCACUAUAUUUCCUGGGAGAAUGCAAUAAUAGUCUGUGUGUAUUUACGCCACCAGGAGCUAAAGAAGGACAACCACGGCUCAUUCCUGCAGGGCCCAUUGCACAUGGCACUACGGUGUCAGCCUAUGUAGCCAGAUCCAGAAAAACGUUGCUAGUAGAAGAUAUUCUAGGGGAUGAGCGAUUUCCCAAAGGUACUGGACUGGAAUCAGGGACCCGUAUCCAAUCUGUUCUUUGUUUACCAAUUGUCACUGCAAUUGGUGAUCUGAUUGGUAUCCUGGAGCUUUAUCGUCACUGGGGCAAAGAAGCCUUCCAUCUUAGUCACCAAGAGGUUGCAACAGCAAAUCUUGCAUGGGCUUCAGUAGCAAUACAUCAAGUACAAGUGUGCAGAGGUCUUGCCAAGCAGACUGAACUGAAUGACUUCUUGCUUGAUGUAUCAAAAACGUAUUUUGAUAAUAUAGUUGCAAUAGAUUCUCUACUUGAACAUAUAAUGAUAUAUGCAAAAAACCUGGUGAAUGCAGAUAGGUGUGCACUCUUCCAGGUUGACCACAAAAAUAAGGAGCUGUAUUCAGAUCUUUUUGAUAUUGGAGAAGAAAAUGAUGGGAAACCUGUUUUUAAGAAGACCAAAGAAAUAAGAUUUUCUAUAGAAAAAGGAAUAGCUGGUCAAGUGGCAAGAACCGGGGAAGUCCUUAACAUCCCUGAUGCCUAUGCAGAUCCACGCUUUAACAGAGAAGUAGACCUCUAUACAGGCUACACAACCAGAAAUAUCCUGUGCAUGCCUAUUGUGAGCCGAGGAAGUGUAAUAGGCGUUGUGCAGAUGGUGAACAAAAUAAGUGGAAGUGCCUUCUCUAAAACUGAUGAGAACAACUUUAAAAUGUUUGCAGUCUUUUGUGCUUUAGCCUUACACUGUGCUAACAUGUACCACAGAAUUCGCCAUUCAGAGUGUAUUUACCGUGUAACAAUGGAGAAGCUGUCCUACCACAGUGUUUGUACUGCAGAAGAGUGGCAAAACCUCAUGCACUGUACACUGCCUCCACAUAUUUAUAAAGAAAUUGAACUAUACCACUUUGACAUCAGUCCGCAUGAGGAUGUAUGGCCUGCCAUUUUUGUCUACAUGGUUCACCAGUCCUGUGGGACAGCCUGCUUUGAACUUGAAAAGCUAUGCCGAUUUACUAUGUCUGUAAAGAAGAACUAUCGUCGUGUGCCCUACCACAACUGGAAGCAUGCAGUUACAGUUGCACAUUGCAUGUAUGCCAUACUUCAGAACAACCAGGGGCUUUUCACUGAUCUGGAGCGAAAAGGUCUUUUAGUUGCAUGCCUAUGUCAUGACCUGGAUCACAGAGGUUACAGCAACAGCUAUCUUCAGAAGUUUGAUCACCCUCUAGCUGCUCUCUAUUCCACAUCAACGAUGGAACAGCACCACUUCUCACAAACUGUGUCCAUCCUGCAGCAAUUGGGAAAAAAGACCAAUAAGCUGGAAGGGCACAAUGUCUUCUCCAAUUUGAGCUCCAGUGAAUAUGAGCAAGUCCUUGAGAUUAUCCGGAAAGCCAUCAUCGCCACAGACCUUGCCCUGUAUUUUGGAAAUAGAAAACAGCUUGAAGAGCUGCAUCAGGCAGGAGCAUUAAACCUUAAGAACCAAGCACACAGAGACAGAGUGAUUGGUCUGAUGAUGACUGCUUGUGAUUUGUGCUCUGUAACAAAACUGUGGCCAGUUACCAGACUGACAGCCAAUGAUAUAUAUGCUGAGUUCUGGGCUGAGGGUGAUGAAAUGAAAAAAACAGGUAUUCAACCCAUUCCUAUGAUGGACAGAGACAAGAAAGAUGAAGUCCCUCAGGGUCAAAUUGGAUUCUACAAUGCUGUAGCCAUCCCAUGUUACACCACACUUGCACAGAUCUUUCCUCCAACUGGGCCACUACUCCGAGCAUGCAGGGACAAUCUCAACCAAUGGGAGAAAGUAACGAGAGGUGAAGAAGCUUCUAUAUGGAUUACUUCCCAGUCCGUUGCUCCUGGAACCUCAGAUUCACUUCCUGUGAAGACUGAUGACUGAAGAGCAGCAACGGAUUGCUUUAACGCUAUAAGCAUCCAUUUGGGAGUUGUUUUUGGUUUUGUUUUUAUUUUGUGUUUUUUUUUUUUUAUUUUAAUUAUUAUUUGACAAAGGAAAAAGAAAAGCUACAAAAUGCUAACUAAGAAGCAAAUCUGCCUGUGAAGGUAACACCCAUGGCGUUACCUCAGCUAAAUGACUCUGGCAGCCAAUCUCCUGAUCUACACCAGUGACACAACAUGAACAGAGGGAAAAUGACACCCAGAUGUUUUGGAAUCAGCUAUCAAAAGAGAACUAACAACCUGUGAAAAUAAAAAACUGGCCUUAUCUCAUGGGCUACAUUGCUGAGGCCUUAAUUUAAAACUGGUGGGGGGAAAAAAUCUUAGGGGGUACUUCUAAAUUGUAUCUUUCUAGUAAGGGUUUCAAUGGUACUUUUAUUAUGCUGUACUGUGGCUGGCUUUAACACCAGUGUCACUUGGGAGUUCUUGGCUAUAAAUAGAACAAUAUACCCAUUGCUAUUGUGAAUGUUUAUGUGUGAUCUACUUGUAAUCAGUUUGAACUCCAGCAGAAUCCUUGGAGACUAUAAUUCAUGCUUAGGUUAUGGUGAAUUCUCUUGCUGCAAACAAAAGAAAAAACAACAUUCAGGUUAAAGGUUUACAGUACUUCAUUAAGUGUCAUGAUGCAGAUUGUCUGUCACCCACAAGGCAAACGUUGAAAGAACUAGACAACUCCUCCCUUUAAACACUGGAUGUGCUGGAUGUUUAUCUCCAAUAAGGAGAGGUAUAUAGGCAUAGUUCUGGUUGGAGUUUUCGUAUCCGUAGUGACAGAAGCCUGAGAUUAAAAUGUAAAUGUGACAGCAAAGAUUUCCUUGCCUAGCUUACCAGUAACUAAAGUCAACAUAUUUAUUUCUACCUGCUGAGUUAUAUUCUAAAAGGUAUUAGAAACAUACCCAAAGUAUGCUAUCUGCUGGAAACAAAAGCCCUGUCAGAAAAGUCAAGCCUCUGAAGAGGAUCUGUGGUACCAUCACAAUAAAUCAAGAAUUCUUUUGUAUAGGCUAGCUUUUGUGUUGCACAGUAACACUGCAUGUCUUCUACUGCUCUUUCCCCCAUCCUAACAUGAGUGAAAUUGGGAAACUUUCCCCUUUUUUUGUUUGCUUUUUUCCCCUUAGUUCGGCAAAAUGUCAAGACUUGGAACUGCCUUUCUCAGCGAAAGAAUAGCUGUCAGAAGAAAACUACUCUAAAAUACUGUGUUUACAGUUCUGUGCUUCAGUUAGGCUUCAGCCUUAAAAUUUUAUGCACAGACUUUAGGACCUUACAUUUAAUGCCACUCUUUUGAACUUAGUGCAAUUGUACAGAGUAUGUUUAAAGAACACUUAUUUUGCCUUCAUCUUUUUCUUGAAAAUAAUGAAAAAAUAUCUUCAUAUUGAUCCACGCAGUAGGUCACAACACAAUCUUUGUAUACCUUUCACAUACAGCCCACACUGCAUUGUAUGCUUUUUCACAGAUAAAACGCUCUUGUAGUGUUUCUGUGAUAACAUCCAUUUGUGUUACUGUAACUGAUAAUAGUAGUAAUGAAGAUAGAACACAAGUUCUCUUUCCUUCUCAUGUCUUUUGAGCUGUAUUGUUCUAACUAGCAUGCCAUCUUUUGGGUUUCGUUUUGGUGACUUGAACUCUUGAGUUUUGCCUUCUGUUAUGGUCGAGCACAUAGCAGUGUAUGUACAUGUGUACAGUAUGUGAUGCAUAAUCACAUAAUGUAUAACUGCACCUAAGCCUUUGCAGUACAUAGAUAUCCCAGAGGUUGGAAAUUCAAUAUUAAAUUAUCUGAUUUGUUUGAUACAGCCCCUUAGUUCUUUUCAGUUGUGUAGUCAAUUCUAAGUGCAGAAAUUCAUUGUUAACCACAGUAAAUUAAUUUGAGUAAUAAAAAAGGCAGGAAACAACUACACCAAUGUAAAACAGACAGUAUCUCAUGCUGUGUCCUCUGCUUUACUCCUUAGCAGUUCUGCUUUAAUGAAGUCAUGCAGAUGCAGUCUUUCAUCUGCUAAGUAUUUGAGACAGAGUGAAUGGUUCCUAAUUCACAUUGAAAUCAUACAAAUAUAUGGUGACCACAAAUAUAUUUUCCAAAAUUCAGACACCCCAGCAACUGAACUGUGUGUCAUGAACUGAACUUGUGAGUUACUUGCUGUUAUUCUGCCUCUUCUUUGAAUGCUGAACUUACAACCUUUGCAAAAAUAGUUCUGAUCACACUGUGUCUGUGUUAAGGAGUUCUUAAUCCAUCUUUUAGUCAUUGUCAGCAGUAAAGACAAUUUUACUAGUUCUGCCACCUGCCAUUCAAAAUAUUUCACAGUAUCAUUCAGUGUUUUACAUUUUGAAGUUUGUAAGUACUGAUACCGAAGAUACUUCCCUAACGAAUUUAUCAAAUUGGCAAUAAGUUGUACUACUAACGUCUCAAGUCAGUCAGAUGAUUUUUCUAAUACAGAACUCUCCAGACCACGUUUGUUAUAGCAUAAUGUCUGUCAGAAUUAAAAACUUUGAUUCCAGUGGUUGUGGUUUGCUUUCCUGGUGACUGUGACAAACAUUGUCUUUUUCUUAGCAGCUACGCUAACAAAGUCAGCCGUAGUGGCCUAUGUUUUCUAAGCAAAUUCAGCCUUAGUGUGUAAAGAGUACAGAUUCAGACAUGCAAAUUUUUUUGUGGAAAAAAACCUUAAAUCAGUACUCCCAAAAUCAAAAUCAACAAAAAUCAGAACUUUAAAGUUGCAUUUGAAUUUCACAGCUCAAAUACAUUUGAGUUUUGUUUGAGGUUGAAUACACUGAGAUUGAAUUGUUCAGACUUCAGAAAUCCGGCUCGUUAAACUAAACUUCCAAAAGGUAUUUUUUAUCCUGCUAAAACCUGAUGAUGUAUAAAAUGAAUAAGAACGAAUAAAAAAACUAACAGAGCUUUGGGGUUUUUUUGGUUUUUGGUUUUUUGGGUUUUUUUUUUUUUUUUUUUUUUUUUUUUUUGGUUUUUUUCCCAAGAAGUGUUAGUCUCUGUACUCCCAGAACAGCAUUAUUUUUCUUAAUGGUUCAGAUUGGUUUUCUGCUUCUAAGUCCAGGUCAAGUAAAAGGACUAAUUGAAGCCAUAUCUGAGCAUUUCUAAUCUGUUGUGAAACGAUGCCUGAAAGGUAUGCACUAAGUGAGGAAAAUAGUUGACAUAGCGUGAUUUUCAUGUGAGAUGUUGCAUAUUUUAUUAGAGAAAUGACAGAAGCACCAUUGUUAUAUUUAGUCCACAAAUUUUGUAACAUAGUAGGUAAUUUAAUUAUUCCAUUAGAGAAAUGCAGUAGUGUUUUUAGCGGGACUAUAUGCUAAAGUGUGUUUACACUGGAGGGGACAUGCAGUGUGUCACUCAUCUUUUUAUGUGGCACAGUCUUGUUUCAUGUGUUUAAACUUGGAACAGUGUGAUGUGUUUGCUAUGACUACAUUUAGGCCAUGUAGUGUUAAAAUUGUAGGGACUGCAGACAGCAACGUUCACGUUAAAAUAGAGAUUGUCUGAUGCUCAAAACAAUUAUGACCCUCUUGAAAUAAUGCAUUUGCCUCUAACACUGUGACACAGGAACAGUUCUGUGAAGUGGUUCAAAUUGUUUCUUCAUUCUAAACACAGAAGAGACUUUCUGCACACUACUACAAGGAAGUUCGCAUUCAAACUUUAGGUUAUAUAUCCCAAUCCAGCAAAGGCACACCACAACUCUUAUUUUGCUUUCUGACCAAAAACUGUGCUCGAUUGUAAUACGGGUGUAUACUCUGUCAAAAUACCUAAAACUAUGGACUGCUUUCUAGGGUAGGUCAAACUGAUUUGUAGAGUAGAUUCAUAUAUAUUCAAAAUUCAGGUUGGGCUGUUAUGUGGAGAAGAAAGAACUUCAAGGUAACAUUCAACUUUAAUACAUUUAGUGAGCUGAAAGAUUUGUUUUAUAUAUAUAUAUAUUUACACACACAUAUAUAUAUAUAUGAUACAUAUAAACUAUCUUUGUAAAAAAGAAAAACAAAAAAUAUGCAAGUGCAAUAAUUUAAAGAGGUCUUAACUUUGCAUUUAUAAAUUAUAAAUACUGUACAUGGUGUGUAAUUUUUUUCAUGUAUUCAUUUGCAGUCUUUGUAUUUAAAAACAAACCUAAACCUUUACUAUUACGUUUGUACAAUAGAACAGUAAGCAUUUAUUAUGAUAUAGUUAAGUUGUAAAUAAAUUCACAAACCAAACAGCCAGUACAUAUGCAUAUAUGGGUGUCCUAUUGUGAAACCUGUUUUUGCUUUUACUGCUGACUUUAGCACAGCAAGACUACUUCUGUGGAUAUGUAAUUAUACAUAUAAAUAUAUGUAUGAUACAUAAAAUAUAUUUAGAAAUGUUCAUAAUUUUAAUGGAUAUAUCUAUACAUAUUCUUUGGUGUGAAUAUUACUGAAUACAGAGUUUUUUUAAUAUUA